AACCGACAAAAACAACAGUUGGCAACAAAUCAAUACGUCAACGUCAAAAUUUCCAAAUAGUGCUAAAAGUUCACUUUUUAUUUAGUGCGAAAGAACCUCUAAAACGUUCAAAAAUGGUUUUGGAGAGUACUAUGAUAUGUGUCGACAAUAGCGACUAUAUGAGAAAUGGAGACUUUUUACCCACUCGUUUACAAGCCCAGCAGGACGCCGUAAACCUGGUUUGUCACUCUAAAACCAGAUCAAACCCAGAAAAUAAUGUCGGAUUGUUAACUUUAGCCAAUGUUGAAGUUUUGGCAACUCUCACUAGUGACGUAGGUCGCAUUUUAUCGAAACUUCACCAAGUCCAACCCAACGGCGACAUCAAUUUACACACAGGAAUCCGAAUUGCUCAUCUAGCUCUUAAACAUCGCCAAGGCAAGAACCACAAAAUGCGCAUUGUCGCCUUUGUCGGAAGCCCUGUGGCUUCCGAAGAAAAAGAACUAGUAAAAUUAGCAAAAAAACUUAAAAAGGAGAAAGUCAACGUCGACGUUGUCAGUUUUGGGGAAGAUACCACCAACAGUGACGUUCUCACCACUUUCAUUAACACUCUCAAUGGAAAAUCCUUGAAGGAUGGUUCUAGUAGCCACUUGGUAACGGUACCCCCGGGCCCCCACCUCUCGGACGCUCUAAUUUCCUCCCCCAUCAUCCAAGGAGAGGAUGGUACCGGUGGUGCCGGUUUAGGUGCUUCUGGAUUCGAAUUUGGCGUUGAUCCCAACGAAGAUCCAGAAUUGGCUCUGGCGUUGCGUGUGUCAAUGGAGGAACAAAGACAGAGACAGGAGGAUGAAGCUAGAAGGGCGAAAGAGGCGUCGUCUGCUGAACAAGGGGUGAAAGCGUCCCCUAUCAAAGAAGAACCAAGUGAAGAAGCCAUGUUGGAAAGGGCCUUGGCAAUGUCUAUGGAGGAAGAUGCGGAUGCAAACGCUGCAGGGGUACCAACUGUCGAUUUUGCCAACAUGACUGAAGAUGAACAGAUUGCGUUUGCCAUGCAAAUGUCAAUGCAAGACGCACAGGAAUCGUCAAGUUCUGGAAAAAAAGAAGAACCCAUGGAGGUUGAAGCAGAUGAAGAUUAUUCUGAGGUUAUGAAUGAUCCUGCUUUCUUACAAAGCGUAUUAGAAAAUCUGCCCGGUGUCGACCCUCAGUCAGAAGCCGUGCGUCAGGCCGUUGGUAGUUUGAAAGAUAAGAAAAAAGAAGAAAAAGACGAUAAACAGAAGAAAUAAUAUUUUUUAUUUAGUUAAUUUUUUUUAUAUACUUAUAGUUAUUGAGGUGUAAAGUGAACCCUCACAGUGGAUUAUAAUUUCAAGUAAAUUGUCACUUGCA